AAGGAACAACUCGCAGUUAAAGAGAAAGAAUUGAAUGACAAAUCAAUUGAAUUAGAUAAUCUUCAAGGUAAAAUGGACGAAUCUUUUCAGACAUCUGAGAAACAGAUGCAAGAACUUACAACUGUUUGUGAAGAUCUAAAGGAACAACUCGCAGUUAAAGAAAAGAAUUGAAUGACAAAUCAAUUGAAUUAGAUAAUCUUCAAGGUAAAAUGGACGAGUCUUGUGAGAUAUCUGAGAAACAGAUGCAAGAACUUACAACUGUUUGUGAAGAUCUAAAGGAACAACUCGCAGUUAAAGAGAAAGAAUUGAAUGACAAAUCAAUUGAAUUUGAUAAUCUUCAAGGUAAAAUGGACGAAUCUUUUCAGACAUCUGAGAAACAGAUGCAAGAACUUACAACUGUUUGUGAAGAUCUAAAGGAACAACUCGCAGUUAAAGAAAAAGAAUUGAAUGACAAAUCAAUUGAAUUAGAUAAUCUUCAAGGUAAAAUGGACGAAUCUUUUCAGACAUCUGAGAAACAGAUGCAAGAACUUACAACUGUUUGUGAAGAUCUAAAGGAACAACUCGCAGUUAAAGAAAAGAAUUGAAUGACAAAUCAAUUGAAUUAGAUAAUCUUCAAGGUAAAAUGGACGAAUCUUUUCAGACAUCUGAGAAACAGAUGCAAGAACUUACAACUGUUUGUGAAGAUCUAAAGGAACAACUCGCAGUUAAAGAGAAAGAAUUGAAUGACCAAUCAAUUGAAUUAGAUAAUCUUCAAGGUAAAAUGGACGAAUCUUUUCAGAUAUCUG